AUUAAAUUAAUUUAAAAGAUUAUUAAAAAAAAAAAUGAAUGUACAUGAGUGUAUUUUGGAUGUUUCCAAUGUAUCAUAUUCAACAUCAGUUUUGAUAGAAGGUGGAAGCUGUAUAUCAAAAUCCGAGCCAACUGCAGUAUUGAGAGAUGUAUCAGUUAAAGUUCAUGGAGGUGAAGUUUUAGCAGUUUUGGGUUCUAAGGGCUCUGGAAAGCGAGCAUUACUUGAUGUCAUCGCUGGAAGAGCCAGAGGUGAGAAACGUGGAAGAAUAACUCUUGGCGGAAGCUUGCUGACACACGAAUUAUUCCGACGUCAUGGUGGAUACGUAGCACAUAGAUGUUACUUAUUACCAAGCCUAACGGUCCGUCAAACUUUAACUUAUGCUACUUGGUUAGCCAAUUUAAACAAUCGCGAGCUUCGUGUUCGUCAAACGUUGGCUGACUUGGCGUUGUCUCAAGUAGCGAAUAGAUCAGUUAACGAUCUUACAAAACCGGAAUACCGUCGACUGAUGUUAGGAGUCCAGCUUGCAAAAGAUCCAAUGCUUUUACUUCUUGAUGAACCAACAUGGGAUACUGAUCCACUGAACACUUACUUGAUUGUAUCAAUGCUGUGGUCAUACGCAACUAGACGUGGCUCAAUUGUUGUAUUGACAAUGGAAACACCAAGAUCAGAUGUUUUACCUUUUGUUAGUCGAGUUACACUUUUGUGUCUUGGAGCUGUUGUUUACUCUGGGCCAACGAGAAGUAUGUUGGAUUACUUCACUUACAUUGGAUUUCCUUGCCCUGAAUUGGAGAAUCCAUUGAUGUAUUAUUUGUGCCUUUCAACAGUAGAUCGUAGAUCACGUGAAAGAUUUUUAGAAUCAAAUCAACAGAUAUUAAAUCUAGUUGAAAAAUUUAAAAUAGAGGGUAGCUUAUAUAUUAAAGAAGCGCCACAGGGGUCUGCUAGUGUUAAAGAAACACCUGUUGGAUAUUUACAUAAGGGACUGGGACGUGGUAUUAAACCCGGAUGUUUUUCUACACUUCUUGCUUUGUACUUAAGAGGAAUGGCAGCAACUUUUUCGUUUAGUAAAUCAGGCUUAGGACACUUUGCUGCGCGUCUUUUAAUGUUACCAUUCUGUAUAUCUCUAUUAACAAUUUUGUACUCAAACUCUAAUCCGAUGCAAUCAAGAAUAUUUUUACAAGUAGGAGGUCUUGUAUUCAAUUGUUUGGUAUUAUUUUAUAUCGGUGGAAUAGCUACAACUGCAUUAUUAUUUCCGGGAUUUCGUGCAAGGUAUUAUCAAGAAAAAAGAGAAGGAUUGUACGGAGGAGCGAUGUUUUUAUCUUCAUACACGUUACUUAGUUUGCCACUGAGUUUUAUUUCAACAAUUAUUUCUGUUGGGAUUUUGGUACCUAUAUUGGAAUUAGAUGCAGUUUCAUGGGCGUAUGCUUCAGGAACUCUUUGGGCAAGUUUUGUAGCAGCGGAACAAAUAGCGGUGGCAUUUUUUAUGGUUAUUAAACGACCAUUAACAGGAGCAAUUACUGUACUAUAUGUAAUUUUAAUAUUACUACUUGUUGGUUCGGGAGGAGUUCGCAGUCUUAGAAAUUUACCCAAUUGGUUGGCAACUAUCUCAAUAGCACUGCCUACAAAAUACGCUUCAUUAGCAAUGAAUCAACUCACUGUUGAUAUGCCGUCAUUUUUGAAUUUACCUUACAAUGAAAGCUUAUCAUGUCCUGGUAUACCUGGAUUGUGUAGAUAUCCAGAUGGUCGAGCGUAUUUAGUUGAACGUUUUACACGGGAAGGGCAAAAUAUAUCACAAGUAUUAAAUGUGGAUCUUAAUUUACUUAUUUCGCUAGCUAUUGCAUUUGCAUUAGUUAUUUUUAACAGUAUUAUAUAUCUUGUACCCCUUCCAGCUAAAGUUAAAGCAAAAUUUCGCGAAUAAUAAAAAACUUUAUAUGCGUUAUACUUGCUUUUAAGUAUUUAAUUUAUUUCAUUGAUCAAACUUAUCAUAUUGUAGUU